AUGACAGAGCUAUUAUGUGUUCCUUUCAAGCAAACUCUCAGACUGGAUUUAAGAAAAGAGCUCUCUGAACUUAUAGAAUCUAUUACGUACCAAAGCUCAUCCUUUUUCGAAGAAGAUCUUACAAAGAUUUCAGCCCUAAGAGAAAGGGUUUGUGAUUCAGAGGUCAGUGAAAGCAAGCUACUUGCUCUCAAACAAUACUAUGCUUACUUAGAAGGUCUGCGUGAGAAGUUUCCUGAUAAUCAGAUACAAUUUACGUGGUUUCAGACCCUGUCCCAAAAGUCCUGCGCCAGUGCUCAGUAUUCCAUCAAGUUCGAGAUGCUUAACGUAUUAUACAACAUUGGUUCUAUGUACUCCUUACUUGCUAUGGACUCGAAUGAUGGAUCUACAAAUGCAUUAAAGAAAUUAUGUAUCUACUUCCAAAAGAGUGCUGGCUGUUUCCAAUAUAUUGUGCAACAUCUUCAGGAAACCAAGGAGCCAGUUUUUGACCAAAAUACAGGUCUGGCUUUGAUUGAACUAAUGUUAGCGCAGGCUCAAGAGUGUUUUUGGUUCAAGGCAGUGCGGAAUUCUCAUAAGGAUUCGCUCAUAUCACGACUGGCACAACAGACCGCUGACUAUUACGAAAAAGCCUUCCUCUAUUCGAAAAAAAGUGAGCUAAUUAGAAGUGAUUGGACUGACCAUCUAAGCUCUAAAAGCAUGCAUUUUAAAGCAGUCGCCUUUUACAGGAAUGCUAUUUCAUUGGGUCAAAACUCGGAAUAUGGUGCUAUGGUCAAAUCCUUAAGAAUCGCCAGGUCAUUUGCAAAAAAAGUAAGCCUACAAUCUAAAGACGAAUUUAUCGAAACCAUCCAAGAUGCUCUGAAAAAUGCUGAGAGAGAUAAUGAUUUUAUUUAUUUACAGCCGGUUCCCUCUAGCGUGCCCGCGCUGAAACCAGCACCAAUGGUCAAGCCGUUGCCGAUUGAAGAUACUCUGAAAGAUUGUAACAGCGGACAGGAUAAGCUGUUCCUAGCUUUGCUGCCUCUUCAAGUAGUGGAAGCAUGCACAGCAUAUAACGAGCGACAAGAUAGUUACAUCAAUGAGCAUAUCAUCAGACCUCUGGAAGCACUCAACAAAAUACUUACUGAAAGCCUUCCAAAAAAUGAAUUGCCUCCCGAUCUGAAACCUAUAUCAAUGGAAGAACUUCAUCAAUAUGAUAUGGCAUUAAAGGACCAAGAAUCAAAUAAUAUUCGGGUAAAGAAACUUCUUGAAGAGGUUGAUAUGGUACUUGAGAAAGAAGCAGAGACAAAUGACUAUUUGAGCGCUCGGUUUGGUAAUCUAAAUUGGGACUUGCCGAAAUCAUCUACUGUGAAUUUGACCUAUACUGAGAAGCUCCGAGCGUUGAAAGACUAUCUAAAACAAGGCCAGACGAUUGAUUAUGAAACUAGAUCGUUGUUUCAAUCUAUUGACAGCCGUCUCGUCACAUUCGAAAUCAAGAUUCCAGAGAGUAACAAUCCAAUUGUUAGCGAGGUGAGCAACAUUCUUAAGAAACGUGAAAAGUAUUGCAGGAAGGUCGAGUCCGAAAGCUCCGAACAUCGAAUUUUGCCUAAAAUUAUAAGUGAAUACCGGAGUACUGGAGAGACAAACUUUGAAGGUGUCUUUAGAGAGCAUCUCAAGUACUUAGAGGCCGAUCGUAAGUUCGUUCAAGAACAGAAAUUGGUGAACAAAUCGCUAUUGGAGAAGCUUCGAGCCCAAGGAGAUCAGACAGAGAUAAGGCGUCUGGAACCGUUUGAGCUGUAUAUCGAGGAUCUCCGUCACUCUAUGCAGCUUCUGAAUGAGGUCAAAAUAAACCUUGAAGAAGGUGCUGAUUUCUAUCAAAAAUUGAUUAAAUCAGCCAGUAAGCUCCUGUUAGAGGUGCAGAACUUUGAGGCUUCGAGGAGAGAUCAACAAAGAGCUUUGGAGACAAAUUUAUGCUCUGACAAGUGA